UUUUCCUCGCACCAUGGAGUUAAAAGUUUGGAUGUCACUUUGUCUCAUCUUUGGGAGUUUUGCGAUGAGAAUCGGCCACGUCUACGCCUCGGGAAUGUGGUGGACGCUUGGCACCGCCUACACGUUUGCCGAGGACCAGAUCUUCGACUACCCGUGCCGGAGAAUCCCCGGCUUUCAGAACCGCCAGCUCCGCUACUGCGAGCAAAACGAGGAGUUUGUGCCGACGGUGGCAGAGGGCGCUAAACAGGGCAUCGAUGAGUGUCAGUUCCAGUUCCGCGGCAGGCGGUGGAAUUGUACGACUAUCGAAGGGGACGAGUCCGUCUUCGGCAAAAUUUUGCAAUUCGGUUCGCGAGAGAAAGCGUUCGUCAACUCCAUCUUUUCCGCUGGUGUGGCGCACUCUAUCAGCCGUGCGUGUUCCCGCGGGGAUUACAUCGGAUGUAGCUGUGAUACCAGACACCAAGGGCCUGCUGACAACCCACACCACAUAAUCCCAAACGCCACAUGGCGAUGGGGUGGCUGCAGCGAGGACGUCGAAUUUGGCCUGGAGUUCAGCCGGAAAUUCAUCAGCCCCAAGGAGCAUUGGACAAGGGCCCGUGUGAUCAUGGACAGACACAAUGACGAGGCUGGACGAAAGGCAGUAGCAGAUAGUCUGGAGCUCAAAUGUAAAUGCCACGGCAUCUCUGGGAGCUGCGAGCUGAAGUCCUGUUGGUGGCAGAUGGUACCAUUCCGCAGGCUGGGUGCCAAACUCAAAGACAAGUACGACAGUGCGGCCGAGAUGCGAGUCGUGCGCCAAUCGGACCCACGCGGUCGCGUGGAGGUCCUCGAACCCAAAUCGCUGUUGUACAAACCCCCGACCAAGGCGGAUCUGAUCUACUACGACCCGUCACCAGACUACUGCAGACUCGACCCGGAGUUGGGCUCCCUGGGCACGGUGGGACGGACCUGCAACCGGACAUCGGACGCAAUAGAUGGAUGCCAGCUCAUGUGCUGCGGACGGGGGUACAACACCAUCCGGAGACAGGUCGUGGAGAGAUGUAACUGCCAGUUCGUCUGGUGUUGUAAGGUGGUUUGCGAUGAGUGCGUCCGGAAUUACGAGGUCCACACGUGUAAAUAAAGGGACUAUUGUUUUGUGCACACUUCUUUUCCUGUCAGGAAAAGGUGGUCAGUUAUCAAGAGCACGGUUGGAACAUGUUUGUUCUUAGCUCAUCGAAAGAGUGUUUCCAUGCAAUCCAAAAAGUGCACUGAGUUGGGCUUCAACAGCUUGUACAGUUAUGCAUAACAAUGACAUCUGUUCAACGCACUCAUUACAUUCAUGUUGUAAAAUGCACCAUUUCUAUCUGAGCCAAAAAACUGAAUAAGCAUAUUUGGGCGUACUGAAUACAUUGUAAAUAUAAGCUGGAUUUGAUGCUGAUUAACUUUACCUCUAAUCUGUUGAAGGUAUAAUUAUAGUACAAUGUACCGAAUAAUUCUCUUAUUUCUCGUUGUCUUAACAAGAAAGAACACAAACAAACAGUUUGCAUUCGUUUCGACAUUUUACAGGUGCAUUGGGGAGGGGGAGAUUGUCAUCUUGGUAUUUUCCCUUUUCCAGUAAAAGAAAAAGACAAAAAAUAUUGGUUUGUAUGAUAUAGGGAUUUUGAUGGCAUUCAAGAACGAAGCCAUUACAUUGUAAUGAAAAUACGAGCCCAUGUUAUUUUCUCUUGAACUUGGCACUCGCCUAACAUAAAAAUCAAUCGCGAUUGAAUUUGUAGAUAUUGUUCAUGACUUUGUAUAUAAUUAUUAUUAAUUGUGAUAUAGGCUAUUGAAUCCAGCAUUGCAGGACACAUGUAAACUUUUAAGCCCUGGCAUUUUGUUCGGAAGACAUUUUGUCUGGCAUCCAAAAUCACAAAACACAUUA